AUGACCUUCCUCUCAUCGCUUCACCGCAUCGCUCCCAUUGCUGCCACUGCUAGACGCGCUGUCAAGCCCGCUUUCUCUUCUGCUUAUGCUGUCAGCCAACAACGUUUCAACUCGAGCAGCACUGUCGAGAUGACUGUUCGUGAUGCCUUGAACCAGGCUUUGGAGGAAGAGUUGACCCGUGAUGAAAAGGUUUUCCUUCUUGGUGAAGAAGUUGCUCAAUACAACGGUGCCUACAAGGUUACCAAGGGUCUUUUGGACAAGUUUGGCCCAAAGCGUGUUAUUGACACUCCCAUCACUGAAAUCGGUUUUGCCGGUUUGGCUGUUGGUGCUGCCAUGAGUGGUCUUAAGCCCAUUUGUGAGUUCAUGACCUUCAACUUUGCUAUGCAGGCCAUUGAUCAAAUCGUCAACUCUGCUGCCAAGACUCACUACAUGUCCGGUGGUACCGUCACCGUCCCUAUGGUCUUCCGUGGUCCUAAUGGUGCUGCUGCUGGUGUUGCUGCCCAACACUCUCAAUGCUAUGCUGCUUGGUAUGGCUCUGUUCCUGGUCUUAAGGUCAUCUCCCCCUGGAACUCUGAAGACGCAAAGGGUCUUUUGAAGGCUGCUAUUCGUGAUCCCAACCCUGUUGUCUUCCUUGAAAACGAGCUUGAAUAUGGUGUCUCUUACCCCAUGUCCGCUGAGGCUCUUUCUUCUGACUACGUCUUGCCUAUUGGUAAGGCCAAGGUUGAGCGUGAGGGUAAGGAUAUCACCAUUGUCUCCCACUCUCGCUCUGUUGGCUUCUCCAUGAAGGCUGCUGAGGAAUUGGCAAAGAGCGGUAUCUCCGUUGAAGUUGUCAACUUGCGUUCCAUUCGUCCUUUGGAUGUCGAUACCAUUGUUGCCUCCGUCAAGAAGACCAACCGCCUUAUCACUGUUGAAGGUGGCUGGGCUUCCUAUGGUGUUGGUUCUGAAAUCGCUGCUCAAGUCAUGGAAUCUGAUGCCUUCGAUUACUUGGAUGCUCCUAUGGUUCGUGUCGCUGGUGCCGACGUUCCUACCCCCUAUGCUAAGAACUUGGAAGAAUUUGCCUUCCCUGAUGACAAGGUCAUUGUUAAGACUGUUCGCAAUGUCUUGGACAAGAAGAUCGGUGCUUAA